GGUCCGCUUAUCUUUGGCCCCAUGUCCGAAGCGCUCGGGAGAACACGGCCUCUCAUGGUCGGCUUCCUGCUUUUCAUCAUCUUCCAGAUCCCGGUGGGUGUGGCGACAAAUCUCGAAACGAUCUUCCUUGGCCGCUUCUUGGAGGGCGCGUUUGGUAGUGCGCCACUUGCCAUCGUGGCUGGCACGCUUGUUGACAUAUUCGACACCAUCCCUCGGGGGGUGGCCACCAUGGCCUACAUGGCGGGCAUCUUUGCAGGCCCUGCAAUGGGCAAUAUUGUGGGCGAAUACACCGUCCAAAACCCCGCGCUGGGCUGGAGGUGGACAGCGUGGUUCACCAUGAUCAUCGCCGCGGUUGGCUUUGUGCCAGCAGUGUUCACCGUUCCCGAAACACACAACCCAACUUUGCUCCGCCGCAGAGCUGCACGCCAACGCUUGGAAACAAAGAACUGGGCGCUCCACUCCAAGAUGGAGGAGGAGCCGAUUCAGCUGAAGAGCCUUGCGGUCAAAUACGGUCUCAAGCCCAUCCGGAUGGUCAUCCACGAGCCCAUCCUCUUCAUCAUGACCCUCUACGUGAGUCUGGUGUACGGCAUAUUGUAUCUCACGUUCGUGGCGUAUCCCUUCAGCUUCGAAGUCGUGCGAAGGAUUGAGCCAGGUCCAGCGUCGCUUCCCUUCCUCGCCAUCUUCAUCGGCGUCGUCCUCGGAGCGGCGGGCAUGGCGUGGGAAAUGCGCGCCAUCUUCGCCCCCAAGCUGGCCAAGGCCAAGAUACCCAUACCCGAACAACGGCUUCCGGUGACGAUCGUGGGGUCAUUCAUCCUCCCAAUCGGAUUGUUUUGGUUUGCGUGGACGAGCUCGGCCAGCAUCAACCCGUGGCCGCAAAUCGUCUCGGGGGUCUUCAUCGGCACGGGCAUCGUGCUGAUCUUCUUCUCCACCAUCAUCUACUUGGUCGACGUCUACCUCUUCGAUGCCAACUCGGCGCUGGCCGUCAACAGCCUCUUCCGCAGCGCUGUGUCCGCGGCGUUCCCCUUGUUUGGCGCCAUCAUGUAUGAGCGGCUCGGCGUGCCUUGGGCCACGAGCAUUGUUGCGUUUGCCUGCGUGGCUUUGAUUCCCGCACCAAUCUUGUUCUACAUUUAUGGGAAGCGCAUUCGCAGUUGGAGCAAGUAUGCGUACUACUUUGGAUGAGGCUCGUGUAGACACAGCGAUAAUGGUAUCAG